UCGCUCUUCUCUACCUCUCUCUCUCUCUUCACCAAAUAUUUGGGCGCAGAAUCUCUCUCUCUCUCUCAAGGAAAAAUAAAAAGGAAAAACUGUGUAGAAAGGUCUUCUAUUUCAUACAAAUGGCGUUUGGAAACCCUAGAGGGAGUUCGCCGUCUUGGCUAUGAGUAUGGGGAGUUUUCGGAUUAAUUCCGCGGCAGAUUCCGAUUUCAGUGCAGAUUCGUCCUCCUGUAACGCUUUUCCGACGCACCCAGAAUAGUUUCUCGUCUCAAUCUCGGGGUAGUUGCAUCUGUAUUGAAGAUUUAGGAUUUGUGGAUGCCGCUUCUGUGUAGUUGGUUCUGAUUAAGAGCCUGCUUGAGUUGGGUUUCUCUUUCUCUUGCAUUUGGAACCUUUUGGAAGGUUUCUUGCUCGGUAUUGCGAAGGGGUUUUAGAACUUCAAUGCCCUAUGGCUGAAGACAGCCUGCGGGGUGGUGGGCUUUCUUCUGGUCUGGCUGUUAUACUGAAAGGCAAAGAUUCUAAAGAUAGUUCAUCCAAAACUCGUCUUGUCCCAUGUUUUGAUGAUUCUGGUCACCAACCUCUAGAAAGGACUAUCGAGUACAUAUUUGGUCUCCCGGAAAAGUCGAUCGGUCCGGUGGAUGGUCCUGUAGACAGUGGCUUGAUUCGUACCAUAUUCAGGAACCAUUUCUCCAAGCUACACUUAAACUCGGAUGCCUCAGUUAUCAACAGAGAUGGAAUCUGUGUUGUUCACCAUGGCGUUGGACCCCCUGUUGUUGACCUUGAAGAGUACAGCAUAUGUGGUGAUAUUAGGAUUGUAAAACCGUCUCUGGUAUUGGAGAGUCUAGCACUGUUCAGCAGCGCCAGGGCUAAUGCUUGUAUCUGGAAAGGAAAAUGGAUGUAUGAAGUUACUUUGGAAACAUCAGGAAUUCUACAGCUUGGAUGGGCAACCAUUGCUUGCCCAUUCACUGACCAGAAAGGUGUUGGUGAUGCUGAUGAUUCGUAUGCAUUCGAUGGUCGGAGGGUAAGCAAAUGGAAUAAAGAAGCUGAACCGUAUGGCCAGUCAUGGGUAGCAGGUGAUGUCAUUGGUUGCUGCAUAGAUUUGAACUGCGAUGAGAUAUCAUUCUUUAGGAACGGUGUCUCUCUCGGGAUUGCUUUUUCUGGGAUCAGAAAACUUGGACCCGGAUUUGGAUAUUACCCUGCUAUUUCUAUCUCCCAAGGCGAAAGAUGCGAACUGAAUUUUGGUGCUUACCCGUUCAAGUACCCGAUAGAAGGUUUCCUACCGCUUCAAGAACCGCCAUCUGGAAGAUCUUUUGCAGCCCAGCUGCUAAAAUGUUUCUCAAGACUGUUGGAUCUGCAAUCAGAUAGGAAUGACUGUUCCCUGGCUGAUAAAUUAAUGAGAGUGAAGAGGUUUGUACCUGUCGAAGAACUCUUUCAUCCUGUUUCCAGUGCCAUAUGUGAUGAGUUCUUCUCCAUACUUGAGCAAGAUCCCAGGUUACCUGAGUAUAUCGGACGGGGUGCCUUUUUAUCAUUCGUUAUGGGGGUUUUCAGAAUUCAAACGCCGCACGAUUGUUCGAGUUUGGACAGAAUUCUCAAUGUGUUUCUUGAGUUUCGACAAUCCAGUUUGUUCUUUGAGCAUGUGAUAGCUGCCCUUGCAUGUGGUUGUAAAACAUCUACGUUGAUGCUGACAGAAUGCCCAUAUUCAGGAGCAUAUCCCUAUCUUGCGUUGGCUUGUCACUUGUUAAGGCGGGAAGAAUUGAUGGUCCAAUGGUGGAGAUCCUUGUAUUUUGAGUUUUUGUUUGAAGGUUUCUUGUCAUGCAGGAGUCCCAACCUGCAGGAUCUUCAGCAAUUAAUGCCUGUUGUUUGGUGGCCUGGAUCCUGUGAGGAAGUCUCUUAUGAGAGUAGCAUGGGAUUGACUGUUGCUGCUUUGUCUGAAGCCUUAAACAAGAUAGAAGAGAAACAGAGGGAUCUAUGCCUCUUGGUCAUACAAUUCAUACCCCCUGUGUCACCUCCCCAGCUCCCUGGUUCAGUGUUCAGAAGAUUUUUGCAGAACCUUCUGUUGAAGAACCGAGGUGCUGAUAGGACCUUGGCUCCUCAUGGAGUUACACGCAAUUCUGUUCUUGUUUCUCUAUUUGCAGUUAUACUCCAUUUUCUAUCAGAGGGUUUCAACAUGUUGAAAGGCAGUAAAGCCAACCAUCAGGAUGCUGGUUUUCUUCACCGAGGUGGUCAGCACAAGUUUCCCCUGACUCUGUUUCUCAGGAAUGAUCCACAUCGAGCAGACAUCGCUAGGCUUGGAGGAUCCUUUAAUCACUUAUCUAAAUCAUAUCCCACGAAUGGUCAAGAAGAAGAAGUGAUUCGGUGGGAAGAAGACUGCUCGGACGAUGAAGAUAAUAGGGUUACUCAUGCAACUAAGAAAAAACCAUGUUGUUGUUUAACUUAUGAUGCUGAUCUCACAAGAACCUUGAAGGAACGGGUAAAAAACGCGGUUAAAAGUUCUCAUGGUCAGUGCAGCUCAAUGCCUGAGAGUUCCUCCCAUGUUUCUGCAGAAUGUAGUACUGAAACUUUCAGUGAAGAAAUAGCAGACAAACCUAGCUCAAGUGAUCAUUCUGAGUCUGAGUUUGGUUAUCGUCCAUUACGGUUUAUAAGUAUUACACCACAGGAGAACAGAAUUUCUUCUGCUACACUAAGCGAAGAAGAACUUUUGGAUGCUCUGUUGCUGUUAUAUCAUAUUGGUGUUGCACCAAACUUCAAGCAGGCUUCAUAUUACAUGUCUCACCAAUCACAAUCAAUAUCGCUUCUCGAAGAAACUGAUAAACAGAUAAGGGAACGGGCAUGCACCGGCAGCCAAUUAAGGCGUUUGAAGGAAGCUCGAAACACAUACAGGGAAGAAGUUGUUAAUUGUGUUAGACAUUCUGUGUGGUUCCGCAUCUCGUUAUUCUCUCGGUGGAAGCAAAGAGGAAUGUAUGCGUUGUGCAUGUGGGUUGUGCAGUUCCUUCUGACACUCAGCAAAAUGGACUGUGUGUUUGUUUAUAUCCCAGAGUUCUACCUUGAAUCUUUGGUAGACUGUUUCCAUGUGCUUCGCAAGAGCGAUCCCCCCUUUGUUCCUUCAACAAUAUUUCUCACUCAAGGACUCUCAUCCUUUGUCACAUUUGUAGUUACUCACUUCAAUGAUGCAAGAAUAUCAAGCACGGAUCUGAGAGAUCUUCUUCUCCAGUCGAUAUCUGUACUUGUACAGUACAAGGAGUAUUUGGAAGCUUUCGAGAACAAUGAGUCAGCUAUGCUUCACAUGCCUUCAGCACUGUUGUCUGCAUUUGACAACAGAUCCUGGAUUCCCGUCACGAAUAUACUUCUGCGCCUGUUCAAGGGUUCAGGGUUUAGUUCAUUAAAGCAUGGGGAAUCGUCUUUCUCAUCCGUUGUUUUCCAGGGCCUUCUACGAGAUGCUUGUAUCAAUGACGGGGAACUAUUCUCAACUUUUCUUAACCGGCUGUUUAACACGCUAAGCUGGACUAUGACUGAGUUUUCUGUUUCGGUGCGAGAAAUGCAAGAAAAGUAUCAGUUGCUGGAGUUUCAGCAAAGGAAAUGCUGUGUUAUCUUUGAACUCUCUUGCAAUCUCGCGAGAGUCUUGGAGUUCUGCACCCAUGCAAUUCCACAAGCUUUUCUUUCCGGCUCUGACACAAAUCUUCGCCGGCUCACAGAGUUGAUUCUUUUCAUCUUGAAUCACAUGACGUCAGCUGUAGAUGAUGAGUUCUUCAACCUAUCACUUAGGCGACAUGGAAAAUCUUCAGAGAAAGUGGACCGAGGGGUCAUAUUAGCUCCUCUUGUGGGUAUCGUCUUGAACCUACUGGAUGCUGCUGAAGACGCGAAAUGUGGGAAACAACACGAUGUUGUCAGUGUUUUUGCUAGCAUGGACUGCCCUGAUACUGUCUUUUACGGGUUUCAGUAUCUCCUGGAAUAUAAUUGGGACGGAUGCAUUGCUGGGGAUGCGUAUCUACGGAAACUGGGACAACUGGAAAACUUCAUGAGCCUUCUCAUAUGCCGGGCCUCAUCGAAAGAAGCCGAGACAAUAGAGUUCGGGAAAGGGACAGAAACAGAAGACAACGUGUGUUGCAUCUGCUAUUCAUGCGAAGCAGAUGCAACGUUUCUGCCGUGUUCACAUAGGUCGUGCUACGGCUGCAUAACCAGACAUCUUCUGAACUGCGAGAGAUGUUUCUUCUGCAACGUCACUGUCAUUGAUGUCCUGAGAGACGACGACCAGAGAAGCACUUGAAAAAACGCUGUUUUUUGGCUUUUGGUUUCUUGCUUGCGUUUCCAGGUCAGUUGCUGAUGUGGCAAGCAAUUUCUUUCUCGACUUCUGAAAAUCUGUGGGGUUACGUAGAAAAUGCAAAACGUAGGGUGGGGGGAGGAGGAGGAAAGAAAAGAAAAAAAAAAGAAAGAAAUACGAGUAGGACAAUAAUGAUUACAAACAUGUUCAAGAACACGUGGAACUAGAAUCUUGAUUCGUAUUUAGACAAAUAUUAUUGUCGGUAUAGUGUUUAGAGGGCAAGUGGAGAAACCCGAAAGAAAAAAGGUCUGAUAAUUUUGUAGGAUCUGUCUGUCCUUUAUGGGAACUUCUGUGUUUUUCCCUUUUGUUUUUCCCAUGUAUAUAUGCGGAUGGAUCGGAAACGAACCUCUCUCCAAGUUUCCCAUCUAUAUAGUUUUGUCUACUUGGUGUCU